CUCUGGCUACCGUUCGGUAUGUUAUUUGUCUCUUUUUUCCUGUAUUAAUAGACUGUACUGUUCGUUUGCACACUAACGAUGUUAAUUUAUGUUUUAGAAACAGAUAAAGUUUAUCAAGCCAAAUAGCUUACUUGUUCUGACUUUGGCUAGACCAAGACUCUGUACUCGACGGUCUAGAGAUUAGCUUCGAGUUGAAUCUGUAGGAAAUUGCUUCCUACAAAGUUUCGAACGGUAUCUCAUCAAAGUUUCGUACAUUGGGUACCUUUAGAUGUCUAUGGAGAGUCGUAAAACUGAUCAUAUUCCUGAAUUGUCUCCUCAUUAUUCAGAAACCCAUAGUGAUGACCAGCUCGGAGGAAAUACCUACCGAAUGGAUCCCUUGUUAGAGUUAGAAUUAGCUAAAGUACGUUUAGCUCAGACAGAAAAAGAAAUCGAGCUAGAACGGUUACGCCAAAAAGGAAAAGAACAUUAUGAUCAAGUUAUGGUUGACAAGGCGAUGACGUAUGAGUCUACAUCUGUCGUUGAUGUUCCUCAUAGAAAAGACUGGGUAACAAUGAUGUCUAGAGCUUUAGACCUACCAAAGAAAGAGAUUAUAAGGUUUGAUGGUAACCCUAUGAACUAUUGGAGCUUCAUACGGAAUUUUGAGGACUGUUUUGACGAGAGCAUUGGGUUCCGAUCUAGGUUAAACUAUUUGAUCCAGUACUGUGAUGGUGAAGCUAAAAACACUAUUGUUCAUUGCGCAUUGCUUGAACCAGAAGAAGGCUAUCGUAAAGCACUAGAACUUCUCGAGGAAGCAUUUGGUCAGAAGCAUAUAGUAGCUCAUGCAUUUAUUGAUAAGAUGCUGAACAUCCCUGCCAUUAAAGGGACCGAU